AUGAUUUGUAGGUCUCCCGUUAAGAGAGGACGAAAGGCCCUCGCAGUUAGUGAAGGGCAUAUUGAUGUUACUGGUCGCACGCACAUAAUGACAAAUGAUGAAUUUAUCGAUGUUUUGAGUGAACGAUUGGAUAAAUUAGAAAGUUUAACACAAAAAAUUGUUGACGCUACAAAAUCAAACGAUCAAAUCGUUCCUGAGACAGCCGUAAACUUUUCGACUAUGGAAAUAGACGAUCUUAUUAAAUUUUCGAAUAAUCUAUUAUUCAAAAAAGCUGAUAUUCCAAGUAUCCCGAAUCAAAUACUAAUGCCACAAACUGCAUGCCCGGAAUAUUUUUCGUUUGACUGGCAAAUUGGUAGUUUUGGCGAACAUUUCUGA